AUGACUCUCGCGAUCCGCACUCUCCGCGUCUGCGCCAGUUCGACCCGCCCUACCGCCAAGUCCACCGCUACUACGGAUAAGAAGAAGGCUGUGGUGACCGCCGGCAAGACGUUCUCCGAUAUAUCAGCCGCGGUGGACGCUGGCCUCGUGAAAGGGUGCGCUCCCUUUGAGGAUGGACUCGACGCCUUCGGAUUCUUCAACAACAUCGACCAGGCCGAGGCGCAGCGCUACGCCGACGUGGAGAUCACCCACGGCCGCGUCGCGAUGCUCGCCGCGAUCGGCGUGCUCGUCGGCGAGCAGGUCGAGGGCUCCUCUUUCCUCUUCGACUCCCAGGUCACCGGCCCCGCCAUCAACCACUUCCAGCAGGUCCCCGGCCUAUUCUGGGGCCUCCUCGGCGCCUUCAUCUUCGUGGUCGAGGCCUCUCGCGUCCAGCAGGCGUGGCAAGAUCCCUUCGUCGCGGACCGCCUGUUCCUGCUGAAGUCCGACCACGUGCCGGGCGACUACGGCUUCGACCCGCUCAGCCUCGGCGACGGCAUAUCCGACGAGGAGCUCGCCAGGCACAAGAUGGGGGAGCUGAACAACGGCCGCCUCGCCAUGAUCGCGAUAUCCGGCAUGGUCGGCCAGGAGCUCGUCAACGGUCUGAACCUUCUCCCGGCGGAUGACGUCAUGGGCCUCGGGUUCAGGCUCCCCGGCGCGCAGGCGGGGUUCAGGGCGCUAGAACAGGCGUGCAGGGGCGCGCCCAACGAGGCGGAGUGCGCCAAGGCUUUCGACGCGGCCGAGCGGGGGGGCGCCGCCGCGCUGGAGAACCUGCUCAACCAGGGUAGCCUGCUCACAUCCAUUUUCUCGGCCAACUAG